CCGCCCCCGCCGCCGCCAGCCGACUUCUCCUCAGGGGCGAUGCCGACAGCGCCGCGGCGCCUCCUCCGUACGCUCUGCAGCUCCACCUUCAGGAUGGGCGACUCGGCCUCCCGGCUGCCGCUGAAAGAAGAAACGCUCCCCGGCAGGAACCAGCGCAUCCCGGUGGCAGAUAAACAUCAUGUCAAUGGAAACAGAAUGGUAGAACCUUUCCCAGAGGGAACACAGAUGGCUGUAUUUGGUAUGGGCUGUUUCUGGGGAGCUGAGAGGAAGUUUUGGAGACAGAAGGGAGUCUAUUCCACUCAAGUGGGUUACGCAGGAGGGUAUACUCCAAAUCCUACCUACAAAGAGGUCUGUUCAGGUAAAACUGGCCACACAGAGGCUGUACGAGUAGUAUAUCAGCCAGAAAACAUCAGCUUUGAGAAACUGCUCAAGGUCUUCUGGGAGAAUCAUGACCCGACACAAGGAAUGCGACAAGGUAAUGACUUUGGCACACAGUAUCGCUCGGCCAUCUACACGUUUUCUCAGGAACAGAUGGAAGCUGCCUUGAGAUCUAAGGAAGAAUAUCAAAAGGUAUUGACGGAGGGCGGUUUUGGUCCCAUCACAACAGAAAUCCGGGAGGCUCCGGAGUUUUAUUACGCCGAAGAUUACCAUCAGCAGUACCUCAGUAAGAACCCCGGCGGAUACUGCGGCCUCGGGGGAACGGGGCUUUCCUGCCCUAUUGGGAUCAUGAAAUAGCCUGUGCUUACUCCGCCGCCUCCGCUUUGGUUUAGGGAGUUUGAAAAAAGACCGACGACCCUGCUAAGUGUUACAGUACACCCACAGCAUCAGCGCGUAAAGAUUUGGGAACCUGUUGGGUCGCUUUCCAUAAUCGGAGCAGUUUCCCAUUCACCGACGUUAAAAGCCAAAGCAGAGGCAGAAAUUGCGCCUGUUGGCAAAUGCAGCUUCUUGCUCUCUACAACUCACUGGGUUUCCUUGUAAUCUUGUAAUCUGAAGAGAAAAGAAACUUCUAAAAGUUUGGCUUAAAAUGCUGUUAGAAGGAUGAAUUAGGAGGUGGUUGCACCUGCUAACUGCUUUGCAUAGCUAUUGCCUUCAGUCAUGUUUAUUUUCUUGGGCUAAUGAAAUUGCUCGUGUUAUGAGAGCUUUGACUUCUGGAGACAUGGCUGGGCUCAUCUUAACUAUCACAACCCUGUAAUUUGAUGUCUUUGAGAAUGGUGAAUUUAUAAGAUCAGUAAUUCUCUCACAAUUCCACUUUCACAGCACCAUGUAAUAUCACCUAGAGUGCCUAUUUUCUGAAACAAUUUUAGUAAGAAAAAGUAAAAAUUGUAAUGUGAUACUUUUUUUUGACAGUUCCAAAAAGUGUAUAAACACAAAAAGAAAUCAAUUUUGUUUCCUGCACUACAAUAAAUUACAAAAAAAGAAAAGAAAAA